AUGAAGCAAACUUGGGACAAGGGUGUUUUUGAGAACGGCCAGUCAAACAUUCCAGGGAAUGUUGGGAAAGCUUCCGCUGAACACCUCCAGAGUACCUCAGGAGAAAAGCUUGAUAAUAAGUCGGCUCCUCUGGCUGGUGCUCAUGGUGGAGUGGGUCAGAACCUGCUGCUGAGUCCCGCCAGUCUUCAGCUGGCUCAGCUUCAGGCCCAGCUCACCCUACACCGCCUCAAACUCGCCCAGACCACCAAUACCGCCGCCGCAGCCACUGUCCUAAAUCAGGUUCUUUCCAAUGUGGCCAUGUCCCAACCUCUCUUCAACCAUCUUCGGGGUUCCAGCAUGGCUCAGCCCCACAGUGGGGCCUUUCCACCUCCACCCAUAGCCUUCCCACCACCAAAUGCUGCACUGGGACAACUGGUUGGUGGUGGCUUUGCCCCAAAUCCCACUGGAAUCAGGCCCACCAACUACAGUGGGGUGUCCAGCCAGAAACCUAGUCCGCACAAUGAUUUUGGCAAAAAGCCUGGAACGUAUACGACGGACACGGACCGUCGCUUGCAGUUUGGAUAUUUGGGAGGGGCUUCAGUGGUCACUAGUAAAGCAUGUGAUGGAGGACAGUAUGGUGGAGCCUCUACACAAUCCAGAAACAAUGUCCACAGCAAUUUUCAAAGAGACUACUACUCCCCUGAAACACCAGUACAACAAACUGGUUUCAUGGGAGGAAGCAAUAAUCAGAAUCUGGGAUCAGCCUCUAAGGAUCAAUGGAAAGGUCCGAUCAACUUUGGGAAGAUGGAUAUAGGUACAGGAACAGGUUCUGGGGGUUGGGUACCACCCGGACCUGGGUUUGUGGGUCAGAGAGCAGAGUUGUACAACCCAGAGGAACCCACAGCAGAUCCUAAGUUCAACUCGACAUGUGGCCCAGGAAUUGGCCCACCCAUUGGACAGCAAGGGGGAAUUCAACAGCAGCCACAGGUUUCCCAGGGCGAGGAAGGGGUGACCUUGCAAUUGCAACCCCACCAGUUCAAUGACUAUCAUGGGACAAUACCUUCACACCUACCCCAUCAGUGCGCCAUUUGUGAGAAGAAGGUUUACAACCUGAAGGACUGGGACCAGCAUGUGAAGGGCAAGUUACAUCUGCAGAACUGUUCGCUCUACAUCGAAAGCCCGACGCUCGGAGCAGUGCACUUUCCAGUGUCGUCUGAAGGAUGUCUCAACAUGGCAUUGAGUAACACUAUGGCAUACACGUCGGCUGCCAGUCAAGAUGCUUCAACUGGAAGUGCUUCAUAUUUGCCUGCCACAUCCAUGAAGUCAUUUCCUCUGGCAGGGGUGGGAUUUACUUCACACCAAGCAGGGAAUAAGUUUGUUCAGCGUAAAGCGUGUCCCGGACACGUCGUGCACAUCUGUAACCUCCCGGAGGGCAGCUGCACGGAGAAUGACGUCAUUAACUUAGGGCUUCCCUUCGGCAAAGUGACCAACUACAUCCUCAUGCGCUCGACGCAUCAGGCUUUUCUGGAAAUGGCAUACGUGGAGGCGGCGCAGGCGAUGGUGCAGUACUACCAGCUGCAGCCGGCUACCAUCAACGGACACAAGCUACUGAUCCGCAUGUCCAAGAGAUACAAGGAGCUGCAGCUGAAGAAACCAGGUAAAGAUGUUGACUCUAUUAUCCAAGACAUCAAUUCCCAGAGAGAGCGAGACGAGAUGCAGGAGACUGACAGGUAUUUGCCGGAGCGUGCCAGAUCACGCAGUCCAGUCAGUCGUUCUCUGAGUCCACGCUCACACAGUCCGAGCUUCACGUCCUGUAGCUCCGCCCACAGUCCACCGGGGCCGCCCUGUCGGCCUGACUGGAGCAACGGCAUGGGGCCCCGCCGGCCCUCUUGGGACUGGACAUCCCAUUCCCGAGGCGACGAGGACCCCCGCGAGAGAGAUGACUGGAGGAACGACGAGGAAGAGAGACCCAACGGAUGGCUGUCCGAGUGCAGGAAACCCUACCUUAAAACCGGGGACCGGAUCAGCCCACGUAUGGGACCCGGUGACGAGCGGGGCAGGGACUGGUACCCCCGCAGAAGCCCCCAGGGUUCGUCCUUCUCCUCUUAUCACUCCAUAGACGACUUUUACAAGAAAGACUCACUGUACAAGACUGAUAAACUGAGCAGGCCACAACAUCAGAGACACGAGGGGAAAACGAAGAGAAGGGAAGGCGGCGACUACCACAGACCCCGACAUUCAGAGUCAGACGUGACGGACGACACAAACUCCAACCGGACAGCUGAAGACAGAGGACGCAGCAAGAGGCCGAGCCGGAGACAAGACAGGGAGGAGAAGGAGCCCGAAAAUCAGAAGGAAGAAUAUAGAGCCAAAGACAGAUCAACGUCUCCUCAUAACAGCAAACCUGUAGAGUCUUCAAAGUGUGACAGAGAUGGUGACAGUGAGGGACUGGAAAGUGUAGAUGAUGGAGAGGAGGAGAGCUGGUAUCCUAAAAGCAUGGAGGAACUGGUGACCGUAGAUGAAGUUGGAGGAGAGGACGACUCUAUAGUUGAACCUGAUCUACCUGAUCUUCACGAGGAGGACCAGAGAGUCGAGCCCAGUCAGUCGACAGCAGAGAGCCCUAAACCAAACGCAAAAACCCCAACUGAAGGCGAAGAGACCACGUUGAACCCUCCUACCCUUUCCCUGGUGGUUCUGGUCCAAGAAGAAAGCUCUGGAGGUGCUCAGUCCAGCCCUGGAGAGAGACCAUCUGCCCCUGAGCAACCGGUCUGUCAACUCAACCGCUUCCCGUCCCAGGAGUUCAAGAGUGCUUUGGAGGAGACCUGCUCCGCCACUCAUCUAGACACACACAUCGACACAACCACACCAGCUGGCCCUCUAAACAACAGCAGCACAUGUGAAAGUGGGAAAGUGCAGGACUUGAGUAAUGAUGAGAGAAAGACAGCAGAGAUGGACAACAAGGAACCAUGUCUCAAACAGGACAGUCAGAAGAAAGAUAUUCCUGACUCAUUACCGGCCCCUUCACCUCAGGCAACAGAUACCUUUGCUGCGUCACCCUCUCAGGAGCAGGAGAAAGCCAUCAGUGAACACAGCAUACCGUUAGGUGUGGAGUUCAUCGUGCCAAGGACGGGGUUUUAUUGCAACCUGUGUAGUUUGUUUUACACCAGCGAACAAACAGCCAAGACGUCACACUGUCGGAGUACAAUUCACUACAGGAACCUACAGAAGUAUCUGUCGCAGCUGGCGGAGGAAAGUCUCUUGAACUUCCACACGGAGUCGCCAAACACUGAAUGAAGCUCACGUGAGACUAUCAGGACUGCACCACUGCUGGGACAUGCUGAGAGACACAAAACAAGGACAAAGAGGA